UAGGAUCAACGUUAGCUUGCAGCGCAGGCGCCACGCUAUUAAGUCUGCCUUCUUUUAGGCUGUUUUCCGGAAAGCGGCUGGCAGUUAAAUCAAACUUCUUCACGCUGUUUUUAGGAGCGCAUCUAGCAGUUGAAACAACCUUUAGGCUGUUUUCAGGAGUGCAGCUAGCAGUUUGUCGGCUAACUUUGGGAGCUAACGUAAACAGCACCACUGUGAUUUGACCGCUCGGGAGGACGACGACUGGAGACAUGUCUUCAGACGAAGACAGGGCCAAGGAAAUUUUGAAGGGAUUCAAACUAAACUGGAUGAACCUUCGAGAUGCAGAGACGGGCAAAGUACUGUGGCAAGGGACCGAGGACCUUUCGGUUCCUGGGGUAGAACAUGAAGCUCGCGUCCCAAAGAAGAUCCUCAAGUGUAAAGCCGUUUCCAGAGAACUCAACUUUUCCUCUUCUGAGAAGCUGGAGAAGUUCCGUCUGGAGCAGAAAGUCUUCUUCAAAGGACAGUGUCUAGAAGAGUGGUUCUUUGAGUUUGGCUUUGUCAUCCCCAACUCCACCAACACAUGGCAGUCUCUGAUAGAAGCGGCCCCCGAGUCCCAGAUGAUGCCUGCUAACGUCUUAACCGGUAACGUAAUUAUCGAGACCAAGUUCUACGAUGACGACCUCCACGUGAGCACGUCGCGAGUACGCCUCUUCUACGUCUGACGCCUGCCUCUGUCCACCGUCCCGUCCCACCGAGAUCAAACAACGCCACUUUAGGUCCAGUUGUCGGUGGCUCACUAUGAACACGACGUGUGCUUCUUGUUUCCUGUUGACCCGACCAGCAAGAGGAGCGUGCACGUCUCUUUGUGACUGUAAAUACACAAGCACUGAUCCCAAGUCAGCCACACACUCCUUUUGUACAGUCAAUUGUGUCGUCUUUCACUCCCAAGGUUGCAUUUUCUCAGGAACCAAACGUCUCACUUGUAACCUUUUUCCACUCGCAUUGUUUUGUCAUGUGAGUGUGUCUCUCCUCUUCAUCAAUGUUCCACCUUAGAGAUAGGUAGACGUGUUGUUCUAAGGCAGAAGAAAAGUGCUAAUAGGUUGAUUGUUACUCUCUUGUACACCUCCACGAUGGAGGAUGAUGGUCUCUGUGAGGCCCAGUAUGGCGGCAUCAGUCUAAAUCAUCUAAAAUAAAUCACACACAUGAAGUUGACCUCACAUGGACAAAAGCGGGAGCAUGUCCUCGGCCAAUCAAACGUCUCCUGACUGACCACCAACGAAGAUGCUGCUUCCUGUUAGAAGGGGCAACUUGCACUCAGUUGCCAUGGCAACACAUAUGUUUGUGGGACGUUGGUCAGCAAGGUGAAUGAAUGAUUGCAUUCUUUUAUGUAUGUGCUCCUACUUUCAUCUUCCUCCAUGCGCGGCUGCAGACUAGUCUCACAUGUUACAUAGUGUUAACAUGCUACUUUUUGGCUUCCAGGUAUUUUUGUUUUCUUUGCUUUUUCUUAGCUGCUAACUCAACUGUAAUAUAGACUGGUGUUUUAAUAAGAUUGAACAUGUGGAUUAAAACCAUGUUGUAAUUCUUGUACAUAUGUUUGGUCAUUAUUACUUAAGCCCUGACAAGUCCUCUAAUCUUUUAACAUUGUUUUAAAAAAUAAUUUUCUUUUUAUAAUUGAUAAACUACUAUAUUUAGGCUUUAUCAGAAUACCCAAUGGAAAACUUCAAGCAGAGAGACCACAUUUUGCCACUCUAAGGCCAUGCGUGGGGGAGGGCCUCACAGACAAGCCUUCACCCAUGGGUCCCGGCGGGGCUCAGCUCAAAAAAGCCACACCGGAUCCCACCCCCAUAGAUCCGCUACCUGCGGGGGCAAACAUAAGGGUCAGGUGCUAUGCAGGUUGGGUGGCGGUCACAGGCGGGAGCCCUGGUCUUCGGCGGCCAAAUCUGGUUCUAGGGACAUGGAACGUCACUCUCUGGUGGGGAAGAAGUCUGGGCUUGAGCAAGAGGUUGAGAUAUUCCGACUACACAUAGCUGGAAUCACCUCGACCCACAGUUACAAACUCCUUGAGAAGGGCUGGAUCUUGUUCUACUCUGGAGUUGCCAUAGUGGAGAGGCAGCAAGCUGGUGUGGGCUUAUUAAUUAUUGCCUCUGUGUUGGAGUCAUCCCUGGUGAACGAGAGGGUCACUUCCCUAUGCCUUUGGAGGAAAGGGUUCUGACUUUAAGACAUUUAUGUGUACGUAAUGAUAUGCAUUUCAGAGUACCCGGCGUGGGAAGUCGGUCCAUCAGAGGUGUGCAGCAUCCCUGCUGGUGAUUCCGUAGUUCUACUAGGAGACAGACUUCUAGGCCCAUGUGGGCAACAUCAGUGUGACCUGGAGGGGCGUGAUUGGGAAGAUUGGCCUCCCCAAUCUGAACCCAUGUGGUGUGAUGUUACUGGACUUGUCUGCUCGUCGCAGUUUGUCAAUAACACAUACCAUGUUCGAACAUAAGGAUGUCUAUAAGUGCACCUGGCACCAGGACACGCUAGGUCACAAGUCUAUGAUUGACUUUGUAGUUGCAUCAUCAAGAAUAAGUACAAUCAUACAAUAUACAGUAUAUAAUACAGGUGUGUCCAAAGUGUAACUGGCCUCCGGGCAGUGUGUUGAUACAGAGCAAAAAAACAUAAAAAGUUGAAAUGCUGACGCCAAUAACACACAGCUGACGUGUUUUCUCUUCUUUAAAUAUAUGCAGUAUAACUUU